GCUCUUCUGUCUGAUCUCAAAGUGGAUUGCUGGUCGUCUAAAGUGCUCAUCAUUUUGCGUUGGUUGGGCCAUGAGUGGCCGGCGUGUGACUCCGUUUCUCAGAAGGUAGAUGUAUACUCGUCUCAGUUGAUUCGAGUGGGUGAGGUUCUGGAGAGGUUAUCUGCGUUCCUUUUAAGUGACUGGGAUCAGUUCAGCCAAGGGGGUGAUCCGCGUGUGUUCCAAGGUAAAGGGGUUUCGCUUUGCAGGUAUCAUAACUGGAUGGGCUCCCCUUCACCAGCAAGAGAGGGCUCCGAUCCCACAGGCUAUGUGCGUGUUUAUUUGCCGGUCAACCAGUUGCGUAUGGUUGCCAAAUUCCGUCUUUGUUGUUGGCCUUUGGAGGUCAACAAAGGACACCAUAGGCCGAGAGAGUGCCGUACGUGUCAGGUCUGUACGUCGGGUAAGGUUGAGGAUGAAUAUCAUGUGCUCAUGGAGUGUGAGGCGUAUACUGAGUUGCGUAAUAGGUUUCUGAUUAACGUUGAAGAUACUGAUAUGCGCAAGGUAUUUCUUAAUACCAAUCCGAGGAAAAUCGCUACUUUCCUUACUGAGGUUUUUGAUGAGCGUCAACAGCGUGCUCUGGAGCCUCACGGCUCGCCCUGGCACAUCGGGCAGGCGCCAGCACGCGCCCGCAGUUUUGUGGAGAUGAAGUAUGCGCUGCCGUCUCCUGUUCUUCCAAGCUUCAGUGAAGUUGACGCAGCAAACCGGGGGCUCAAGGAAGCGUGUCCACUAUACACCCUGCCAGGUUUUGAUCCAUCCAAAAUGAUUCAAUACGACGCGAUGCACACCAUUGGGGGUGUCAUCAAGGACGUGGUGGUGCUUGGCAUCCAAGGUUUGCGUGCAGCAAAUGCGAGUGACACCUUGGUUGAGUACGACUCUGACAACAACAUUCAGACCAAGACGGCCGGGGUUGCAGGUUCUGAAGAACUCAGCCGCUUCAGGGCCGCCCUAAGUCGCAUCGCUAACAGCGCCCCAACCUGGAUUGGCUCCAGGUUAAAGAGGCUUACCGCGCCUAACAAGAAAGCCAAGACCCAUACAUUCUUCCUCCUAGCAGGCCCUGUUGGGGUGUACGCUGUGUCAUGCAUGCGCCUAUCUCAACGCAAAGCUGAGCAGGUGUACGUGGACUUGCUACACGCGUGCUGCGAUCUUUGGGAUAAGGUUCAGAUGAGGAGUAUGUUGCCAGACUUACGUACCCGGGUGGUGUCAGCAAUUUGUGGCGUCGAAGCAUACCUUUCUGCAAUAAACCUCGACAUAAAGCUUCACAACUUGAUUCACCUAGUUGACAGCAUUGAAGAAGCCGGACCUUUGUUUGCUACGUCCAUGUUCAACCCAGAAUCAAUAUGGGGUUGUCUUGGAAAGUGGGCGCACAACAAAGCGAACAUGGAAUCAGCAAUGUUCUUUUGCUCCCUGGACAAAGAGGUGACUGUUAGUGUACGACCACAGAUCGAAACCGAAGUGAACAUCGAAUCUGAGGAUGAGGGCCGUGGAGCUGAUGACACAGAUGUUCCUGCAUCGCUUUGGACACCAGAGGAUUUCUUCGGCAACACACCCGUAAUCAAGGAAGGCAGGGUGGCACAGAGAGCAUAUACCCUAAGCGACAUAAGUGUCAUCUCGCUUGCGGAGCUAACAGCAUUCUAUGCUGAAGCAGGGAUCGCUGGAGUUGAUCUACAUGCAACUGCUGACUUGCUCCAAGUCGUGUCUGUUGGCAUUGCUAGGCUAUCAAUUGGAAGCUGGUUCCUACGACGGUCCCGGGGUACCAUGAAGAUGUGCUUUGGGAAAGUGCAGCGGCUGCUGAAGCACAGGGGGCCUGAUGGAGCGGAGCGUGUGAUCGUGAAGGCUGCAUGGUUCAGUGCACGUAAUGAACAGCAGCAGGUGGAUAAGAAGUUGCGAAUGCCAAUUGUACAGAGCGAACCGGUGGAGGGCGAAGCAUUGUUAUUGGCUGAGUCCAUUGUGCCAUGGCCGUGCUGGGCCUUGCCGCACCCCAAGCGUCAGGGCCUGAUGGUAGUGCUAGCGAGGCACUGGCACAUCAUGCGCUACCUCGCACCCUAUCCAUGCUUCUCACGUGGGGAGAUGGAUGGCUAG